GUUACUGUUGCAUCAUUUUCUUGGGGAAAGCAUCAAAAUGCGAAUCGGAUAAAUAAAAGAUUCAAAGAUCUGAUCCCGUUCUGCAUUUCAUUUCUUGAUUUUCAAAAUGAAGGACGUUCUUGGUUUGGCGUUCCUGCUGCUGUGUGCGGUACAUAUUCACGGCCUUUCAAUACUCACUGGCAACAGUGGUCCGAAUGUUACUCAGCUGGAUACGAAUGACUUUGAUUCUAAAAAAGGGAUCUCAUUCAAGCAACUUUUGAACCAAGAAACCAUUAUCAGAAUAGGCCUCGUGAAAAAUGUGUACGAUUUGAUGAAGGAUAUGAUCACAAUGAAACAAAGCAUUGAAACUGCAAGUCAGAAAACAAACUUAGAAAUAGCAGACUUACAACGGGAAGUUGAGAAGCUAAAAGAUAAAAACCACAGACUUCAUCUUCAAAUCAAUGACGUCAAUAAAACCACUGUGGAUCUGAAGAUGGAAGUUAAGGAAUAUCAGCUUGAUCAAAUAAAGCUCUCCUCUACUGUGUCGGAUCUGGAGGUGUUCCGAAUGAAUAUGUCCAUGAACCAAAAUGAUAUAACCAGAAAGGUGGCCUUCACUGCCGGAGUGUCGUCUCAGAGUACCUCCUGGAACAGCGGUACGUUAGUGUUUCCACGUGUCGUGUACAAUAUAGGAGGAGGUUACGACCCAAACACCGGAGUCUUCACAGCCCCUGUCGACGGACACUUCUUCUUCUUUGUUAACGUGCAAUCUUAUGGGUCCCAAUAUAUUUAUACAUAUCUAGUACUUAAUGGGACCCCGAAAGUCACAACUAUGGCUUAUAGUACUUACUCGUCAGGACCAAACCUGGCAGUGUUAAGUCUCCAACAGGGAGACAGAGUGUGGGUUAAGCAUUAUGCCGGUACAGGUUAUCACACAGAAAGUGAUGCUCCUAUAACAACUUUCUCUGGAUUCCUCCUAUGAAAUAGUGGCAUUUUAGAGAAGACACUUCAGAGCUAUUGUAGUGAUUAAUAUAUCAAUAUACAUACAUGCAGAAGGCAGGUUAUGUUCCUACUGCAUAUUUGAUAAAGAUAUAUAGUUUGUUUUGAUGUAAUUUAAAGGUAAAAGAAAUAAUUUAAGACUGCUCGGAUUAAUAUGACCCUUCCUAAAAAAUUGUCCAGGAUAUAGUUUAAAGUUAUGUUGAACUAUACGUGUAGCUCUUAGACGUGCUUACACAGGUCAGUCACUCUACAUGAUAUGGUCAUUUAUUGUGAUUGACAAAUCCACUGAAUGAAUAGCAAAGGAUUGCGGUCACCUUGACGUGUUUACAUCGUAUUUUCAUAAGUUUGCAACACAAUGUUUUGCAGGUCGAUGAAAUAUUUUAUAACUGAAUUUUUAUUUAUCUUUCAUAUAACUUUAUAGAGUAUAUCUUCCAUGCCCAAAGUCAGAUUAACGAAAUAGUCCUUCUUCUUUUGCUAAAUAUAGAUAAAUACUUAAGUACAAUUGACAUCACGUAUCAUUGGUGAGAAUUAACUCGUUCUUGCUGUUUUAGAUGUUAUUAUUUAUUUCUCUCCAGAUAUUCAGGUUUAUUCAUCUUCAAAACAAUAUGUACGAGCUUUUCAUGCCCUUACCGUGCUUUUAGUGUGCUUCUAACUUUCAUUAAUUUCUUUUCAGAUUCAUAGAAAUUGAAAUGUUUACACAAAUUAUAUCACAUGAACAUGGUAUUUAAGCUUUGUCUAUUUCCAUUUCUUUAUUCUUAGACACUAGGAUUAUUGGAAAUUCGCACACGACUUGAAUAUUUACUUUUCGUGCACAUGAUAUAAUCGAUGAUUUUUUUUGCAGCAAAUUAUUCGGAAUUAAAUUGUACAUUUUGAAAUAAUUGCUACGUUCGAAGAUUUGCCAAAGCUAGUACUUCGUAUGUUAACCCAAAAGAAAUUAAAUACCACAUUCGAAAUAUCUACAUUUUUUAUGCCUCCGUAAUCGGAGAUUCGAAGGCAUAUAUUUUUUGGUCUGUCCGUCUGUUUGUAUGUUUAUCCGACAAACUUGAACUUUUGAAUAGUUAGUUAUAUGGCUUUUACAUUUGAUAUGUGUAUUCCUUUUGGCAAGACAUUUCUUUUGGUACUAAAAUGUUUGACCUCGUCACCUUGGCCUUUGAGUUUGACCUUCUUUGAAAAAAAGCCUUAUUCUACGCCAUCAAUUUUAAAUGGAUAAUGAUAUGCCCUUCAUUUUUCAUAUGUGUAUUUUGUGAGACAAGACCUUUUGUUUGUAACAAAAGUUUUGAUUUCAUGACCUUUACCUUGGGGUAGGACUUACAUUUGCAAAAACUUAUCCUUGGUCAUAAUUUUUCAACGGUUAGUACCAGGGCUUUCAUAUUUCACAUGUGUAUACCUUGUAACAAUACCUUUCUCUUGGUACCGAAACUACUUUGGUGUCAAACGGGGACAACAUUCUCCCUUAAACACAUGUUGUUGCUUUUGAAAUAGCAUCAGGAAGUUGCAGAAUAUUCCCACAAAACUGCAGCACUUUUACGUAAAAUUCAGUGUGGGUUUCCCUCAAUAACAUACAUGCAAACUUGUAUAACCGCUACAACGCUGCAAAACAAGGAUGACUAGAUGACUUGGUAAACAAUAUUUAAUAAAAUCUGCAAGCAACCGUAAACUUGUAAUAAUUCGUAAUCCAUAAUGUAUUGCAUCUCAUUCAUUGCUUCGGAAAAUUAUCGAUAUCGAUUUACUAUAUUUCAUAUGUAAUUGGAUGAAAAGUAAAGAUAACAAACAGUGAUUAACCUCAUAACUCCAAUAAAGAAUACAAAAGUAAGAGUCGAGCAAACAUGGACCCCUGGACAAAUCAGAGGUGGGAUCAGGUGCCUAGGAGGAGGAAGCAUCAACUGUCGAUCAAUCACACCCGGCAAACGGAGUAAUCUCUAGUCAAAAUCAGUACGGAUAUAUAUUGGGUUGAUCAAUCUCAUAGACAGCGAGGCGCUACAAACCAAAUGAAUGAUUUAUUUUUCUCGAGGACUAUUACGUGACAAGAAGGCAGCAAAAGCACAAGACCUAAUAAUUAAGAUACUGAAUGCAAUGACGUGUAUUAAAUUGUUAGUGAAUAUAUCAACAUUAACAAAAACAGUACAUGUACAUGUAUUAAUGUCUACAAACGGUUAAAAAAAAACUCAUAUUGCAAUACUUCGGUGAUAACUAUCUAUGGGAAGGUGCAAGUCAAUGUCCGAUAUGUAUUUAUAUAUGAACAACUACCCCAUCCCCAUUCUUCAGAUAAAAAUAGCUUUGAAACUUGUGAGGAUGUGUUACUGCCAGAAUACGAAUACUCUUUUACUAUAUCACAAUUUCUGUUGAAAGCCAUUGCGAAUUACCUCCAGGGAAAUAAUUUGCAAUUGCAUUCCACAAUCUCUUCAGAACGUAAAUUGGUCUUCAUAAAAGUCAAAGUGUCCCAACAUUUCGUACAAUUUCACACACUCAAUCUAUCUUCGAGAUUUGCACUCUCACCUUUGACAGUCAAUUAAGUUUUAAAAAUAUUCGCAUAUUUAUUCACUUUAAAUGUUUUAUUGUUAUUCAGUUUUCCUCGGAGGUUUAAGUGAAAACAAAAAAACUUAUAAAAUUAGUGCGUGCAUCAAUUGCAUUCAUGAUAUCAUUAAUUUAAAUGAAGAGGGCAAUAAUUCAAUCAUUGCGCACAUUAAUUAAAUUGAUGUGCGCAUUAAUUAAAGUAUUGCUCUCUUCAACUGAAUAUAGCGCGCAUCAAUUAAAUCAUUGAUGUCAUUAAUUCAUUUGAAGAAAGCAUCAAUCUAAUUAUAGCGUGCAUCAAUUCAGCUACGAAGGAUUAAUUCAGAUGUAAAGAUAUUAUGAAUUAUUUGAUCCUUAAAUGAAUUGUUUUCGCAUCAAAUGAAUUGAUAGUAUCUUCAAAUAACUAAAGAUAUCUUCAAUAAUUUGAUUUUUUGUUAAUUUGGCUCUCCAUGAAUUACACGUAUAAAGUUAUCUAUUGAAAGUUUCAUUAAUCUUAAUGAAUUUGCAUUGAUUGUCGAUGUAUGCUAUUCACAUUUACUUUGUGAAUUCUGCUUGAUUUCUAUUGAAAUUUAUUUGUCAUUUGCAACUAUG